GACCUCCAUUCAUUCUGCAAUCGCCCGCGUGCGCCCUCACGUGGAACCAGAGAAGGAACUGUUCUCCCCUUUUUAGACAUUCCCUGUUACAGUCUAAAAGCAAGAAUAGCGAACUCAAGGCUUCUGUAGUCCCACUCCAGCCCAGGUGGUGGAAGUAGUACACCUUAAUCUUGGUUUACCAGUCGCCAUUAAAUGGUAGAAAAGAAGAUCUGAAUAUUCCUCCAGUAGGCUGCUCUGAAAUAGGGGAAUUUCACAACAAAAACAAAGUUUUUUUCGUCGUUGAGUGAGAUUACCCUGGAUGGAGGAAUAUAGAGUAAUGGAAUCGGUUUGAGAAGAAUCUCCUCUUAAGAAUCUCCGGACAGGAUCCUCAGACCGUUGCUAUGGAUCUUGGGCCGUCGGUAAACUCUGACGGUAAUGAAGCAUUCCAGCUGCCAACACCAAAAGUAGAGUAUAUUAAAGAAGAGCAAUAUGAUCACAUGAUCACAUGUCAAGACGACGAGGAGGAGAAGCCGCUCACUGAGCUGUUCUGUAAAACUGAGUCUCUUGGUUCUAAUGAAGCAUCACAGACAACAGUGAAGUUUGAAGUGAAAUUAGAAGACAAUGAGGAUGAAGUAGACGACCAAGAGGAUGAUGAAGAAUACCAAGACGAUUCUCUUCAGGGAGACCCCGUGUCUCUGGCCCAGAUGAAGAGGGUAUCAGUGGUGCUGGUGGACUGCUGUAGACCACAAGGACGACGAGGGAAGGAGGAGGAGACGCAGAUGCUGACCAACAGAGAUGCACAUCAGAUCGAGACCAGUGCAUCAAAAUAUCCACACGGAACACAACAGAAUGAUGAACUCCUGCAUCUCCUAGAAGGACAUCAAUGUACCCAGUGUGGAAAAGCAUUUAAAAGGGCCACAGCUCUUAAUAUCCAUAUGCUUACUCACACUGGAGAGAAGCCUCAUCAAUGUGUCCAGUGUGGAAAAGCAUUUACUCAAAUGUCAAAGCUUAACCGUCACAUGCAUACUCACACUGGCGAGAAAGCUCAUCAAUGUGCCCAGUGUGGAAAAGGUUUUUAUCAAACAUCAACUCUUAAACGCCAUAUGCUUACUCACACUGGAGAGAAGGCUCAUCAAUGUGCCCAGUGUGGAAAAGGUUUUUAUGAAACAUCAUCUCUUAAAAACCAUAUGCUUACUCACACUGGAGAGAAGGCUCAUCAAUGUGCCCAGUGUGGAAAAGGUUUUUAUCAAACGUCAACUCUUAAACGCCAUAUGCUUACUCACACUGGAGAGAAGGCUCAUCAAUGUGCCCAGUGUGGAAAAGGUUUUUAUGAAACAUCAGCUCUUAAAAACCAUAUGCUUACUCACACUGGAGAGAAGGCUCAUCAAUGUGCCCAAUGUGGAAAAGGUUUUUAUCAAACAUCAACUCUUAAAAUCCAUAUGCUAACUCACACUGGAGAGAAGCCUCAUCGAUGUGUCCAGUGUGGAAAAGCAUUUACAGACAUGUCAAGUCUUAGGACCCAUAUGUUUACACAUACUGGAGAGAAGGCUCAUCAAUGUGCCCAGUGUGGAAAAGGUUUUUAUCGACCAUCAGCUCUUAAAAGCCAUAUGCUUACUCACACUGGAGAGAAGGCUCAUCAAUGUGCCCAGUGUGGAAAAUGUUUUUAUCAAACAUCAACUCUUAAAAGCCAUAUGCGAACACACACUGGCGAGAAGCCUCAUCAAUGUGCCCAGUGUGGAAAAGGUUUUUAUCAAACAUCAACUCUUAAAAUCCAUAUGCUUACUCACACUGGAGAGAAGCCUCAUAUAUGUGCCCAGUGUGGAAAAGGUUUUUAUCAAACAUCAACUCUUAAAAGCCAUAUGCUUACUCACACUGGAGAGAAGCCUCAUAUAUGUGCCCAGUGUGGAAAAGCAUUUACACAUAUGUCAAAUCUUAGGACCCAUAUGCUUACACACACUGGAGAGAAGGCUCAUCAAUGUGUCCAGUGUGGAAAAGGUUUUUAUCGACCAUCAGCUCUUAAAAGCCAUAUGCUUACUCACACUGGAGAGAAGCCUCAUCAAUGUGCCCAGUGUGGAAAAGCAUUUACACAAAUGUCAAAUCUUAGGACCCAUAUGCUUACUCACACUGGAGAGAAGCCUCAUCAAUGUGCCCAGUGUGGAAAAGCAUUUACACAAAUGUCAAGUCUUAGGACCCAUAUGCUUUCUCACACUGGAGAGAAGCCUCAUCAAUGAGCCCAGUGUGGAAAAGCAUUUGAAUGGACCACAACUCUUAAACACCACAUACUAAGACACACUGAAGAGACAGGUCAUAAAUGUGCCCCUUGUGGAAAUUGUUUUCUAUUUGCUUCAACUCUUAGAUCCCAUAUGCUUACACAUACGGGAGAGAAACCUCAUGAAUUGCGUUUCUAAUCCCGGUUCUAAUUACCCUGGAAAUUCAGAGUUCUCACGAGAGCACAAUGGAAUUAUCUCUGCGAGACACUCUGGCAAUGAGCAAUGAUGCACGUUACUUUUACCCCAACAUUUCGGGGAACCAGCUAAACUGAUGAAGACAG